AUGAAUCUAUCUAAGAACCGCCUGUGUGAGCUUCCAGAGGAGCUGUGUCAGUUCAUCUCUCUGGAGACGCUGAGUCUGUACCACAAUGGAAUGCGUUUAUUGUCCCCCAGCCUGGCCAACCUCCAGGCCCUUACCUACCUCAACCUCAGUCGGAAUCUCCUGUCCAGUUUGCCCCCAUCCGUGUUCCAGCUCCCCCUAUUGCGAGUGCUCAUCGUCAGCAACAACAAGCUGCCUUCACUGCCCUCCUCCAUCUACUCGCUCACACACCUUCGGCAGCUGGAUGUCAGCUGUAAUGAGCUGCAGAGUUUACCAGCAGAACUUGGUCAACUGGAGACUCUGAGGGACUUGAACUUGAGGAGGAACCAGCUCACCACUUUGCCUGAAGAAAUAUCUGAACUUCCACUCGUUCGACUUGAUGUGUCCUGCAACCGAAUUUCCCACGUUCCUCUGUGUUUCCGUCACCUCCGACAUCUGCAAACCAUCUCACUGGAUAGCAAUCCUUUGCAAAUGCCACCGGCACAAAUCUGCUCCAAAGGCAAAUAUCACAUCUUCAAGUACCUGAACAUGGAGGCUUGUAAGAGCCACGAGGAGGAGCUGGAGAAGCACCUCAACAUGAGGCCGACUGGAUUUAAAAGCAGUCUGUCAGACCAGGAACUGUUCACAGGUCAGUUUGGCGGCCUGGACUCUGGUUUCAAUAGCGUGGACAGUGGUAGCAAACGAUGGUCUGGCAAUGAGUCAACAGAUGACUUCUCCGAGCGUUCUCUUCAGAUGGCGGAGGUCAACCAGAAGCAGAGACACCUUGAGGAGCAGUAUGAAGAAGAUGAUGAGUCCCUGGAGGCCAACGAUGUGAAUGGAGCGGCUGAGCAGGUCAGCUUCAUCAGCAGCAGUGUUACGGAGGAGAUCCGGAUAGAUCCACCUACCUCUCCCCUUGUUACCUUUCCUUCGGAGCAGGAUUCAUCUUCUCCAUCCCAAAACCAAGACACAACAUGCAGGUCGAGUCCCUCAACGGAAGGGAACUGCUCCUCCUUGUCCCCUGAGCCCCCCUCCAGCCCCACCCUGGAGGAGAGGAGGAGGCCUGGAACCCUAUUUAUCUGGCAGGAGCGGGAGCGGCUCCAGCAGCAGAGGGAGAAGGCCAGUUUGCUGAAGUCAUCCGCUAAACCCGGAAGUCAUGUGGCCUCUGCACCACAGACAGGAAGCAGCUCAUGUGGUGGCUCACCAGAAAAUGGAAGUGCCCACUCCGGCUUGCGUCAGCGAUGUGCAAGUGCUGACCAGAUGAGCACCGGGUCUCCAUCAGUUCUUCUCCAUCGCUCCAGCAGCAGAACAGAUGUGCUGUCCUUUCCGAAGACCUCCUCUCCUCCUGGUCAGGCUCAGAAACCCAACAGUUUCCUGUUUCGCACGUCUUCUCGGAGCAACGUCAAACCCACAGGGACCAUGUUUACUCUGGGAGAGUCUGGCAGGAGUGAAUCUCGCACCACUCUGCGUUCACCGAAGGAGGAGAGAAAAGACCUCACACAACUACGCAAGACCUUAGAGUCUCGACUGAAGACCAGUCUGCCAGAGGACCUCAGCGAGGCUCUGUCCAACGGAACCGUCCUCUGCCAGCUGGUCAAUCAGAUCCGGCCUCGCUCCGUGUCAAUCAUCCACAUCCCCUCCCCUGCAGUGCCCAAACUGAGCUCAGCCAAAUCUCGACUGAACGUUGAAAACUUCAUCACUGCUUGUCGCAAGCUGGGAGUCCCUGAGGACUCCUUGUGUUCACCACAGCUCAUCCUGGAGGACGAGGGCCUGAGCCGGCUGGCCCAGACUGUCCAGGUGCUCCUGGAAUUGGCAGAUGGCUCCCGCGGGGCCCCUAAGCAGGAAGCAUUGACUGCUGCUGGCUCUACUCAGAGCCAAUAGCUGUAUCAGUGAAAAGUGACGUCAUCCAACAGCCAGCCCUUAAUGUGUUUCAUCUGAAAACCUUUUAUAAAUUCCAGUAACUUUGUUAGUGAUAAAUUCAUCUGCAAGCACAUGAUGAACUAUGAAAUAAAUCUAAACAGAUCAAA